CAACCUUACCACCCUACUACAUAUUUGAAAAUUGGAACAGUAAUAAAAAGUAACGGUUGGGGACAAAAUAGUCAUAAUACGAAUUUAUAAAACGACACCGUGGACCCAUCCAACUGUGAUGGGCCCCUCUCCGCUCCUACUCUAGUGAAAGACACCACACUCGCAGAGACGUAACGGGAGUAAACAGAGGAAAUAAAAAAAAGGGACGAGCUCGUCAUAAUUUGAAUUCUCUCCCCCAACCCCAACUUCGAACACUGACAGCUCCACACCCGUCCCCUCUCUGCUCCCCAUUCUCUUCUCCAUCUCCAAAACCAGAGUGAAUAUUGAAAAGAAGUUGUACCGGAACUCGCAAAGUCCAUCUAGUAGAGUUUGUUAAGCAAGAGGAAAGCAUAACUGACUCUUCUUUCUUUCUUUUCUUGGAGUUCCAGAAAGGAAAAGAAGAGAGAAAUGUCAGGUUACGUUGGAAUUCUGGUGUCAGAUCCAUGGCUCCAAAACCAGUUCACUCAAGUCGAGCUUCGUAGCUUGAAAUCUCAUUUCAUGAGCAUGAGGAGAGAAAGCGGAAAGCUAACUGUUGGGGACUUGCCAUCGAGGAUGUCGAGAUUGAAGGUGGUGGGAGAGAAUCUCACGGAGGAAGAGAGAACGUCUCUGAUUCAAGAUUUGUAUCCUAACUCGAACGAAGAGGUUGAUUUUGAGUUCUUUUUGAGGGUUUAUUUGAAACUCCACGCGCACGUAAGUGCAAGAACAGGAAGUGGUGCAAAGAACUCAUCUGCAUUCCUCAAGGCAGCCACCACUACUUUGCUUCAUACAAUCAGUGAGUCCGAGAAGGCUUCAUAUGUUGCACACAUUAAUAACUACCUAGCAGGGGAUGAGUUCCUAAAAAAAUAUAUUCCAAUUGAUCCCUCCUCAAACGAUCUCUUUGAGAUUGCAAAAGAUGGAGUUCUUCUUUGUAAGCUUAUAAAUGUGGCAGUUCCUGGAACCAUUGAUGAACGUGCUAUCAAUACUAAGAGAGCACUCAAUCCCUGGGAAAGGAAUGAAAACCACACUCUAUGCCUUAAUUCUGCUAAAGCCAUUGGAUGCACUGUAGUUAACAUAGGAACGCAAGAUUUCAUUGAAGGAAGGCGCCAUCUUGUGCUUGGGUUGAUUUCUCAAAUCAUUAAGAUACAAUUGUUAGCAGACCUCAACUUAAAGAAAACACCGCAACUGGUGGAGUUGGUUGAUGAUAGUAAGGAUGUGGAAGAGUUGAUGAGUCUACCACCUGAGAAGAUCUUACUGAGGUGGAUGAAUUUUCAAUUGAAGAAAGCAGGAUACAAGAAGAUAAUCACAAACUUCUCUUCUGAUGUAAAGGAUGCAGAGGCUUAUGCUCACCUUUUAAAUGUUCUUGCGCCUGAGCAUAGUAGUCCAUCAACAUUGUCUGCAAGAACUCCAUUAGAAAGAGCAAAACUAGUUCUUGAGCAUGCAGAUAGAAUGGGUUGCAAAAGAUACUUGACGGCAAAGGAUAUUGUUGAGGGCUCUCCAAAUCUUAACCUUGCUUUUGUGGCACAUAUUUUCCAGCACAGGAACGGGCUUUCAACUGAAACAAAACAAAUAUCUUUCCUCGAGACUUUACCAGAUGACACUCAAAUUUCUAGAGAAGAAAGAGCAUUUCGCUUUUGGAUCAAUAGCCUUGGGAAUUCAGUAUAUAUCAAUAAUGUCUUUGAAGAUGUUAGAAAUGGGUGGGUACUUCUGGAGACACUUGACAAGGUGUCUCCCGGGAUUGUCAAUUGGAAGAUUGCAAACAAGCCGCCUAUUAAGUUGCCAUUUAGAAAGGUAGAAAAUUGUAACCAAGUGGUGAAAAUAGGGAAACAGUUGAAGUUUUCCCUGGUCAAUAUUGCCGGAAAUGACAUAGUACAAGGAAAUAAGAAGUUAAUAUUAGCUUAUUUGUGGCAGUUGAUGAGAUAUAAUGUCCUCCAACUUCUGAAGAACUUAAGAUUUCAUUCCCAUGGAAAAGAAAUCAUUGAUGCUGAUAUUCUAGAAUGGGCCAACACCCAAGUGAGAAAUUCAGGAAGCCAAAGUCGCAUGGACAGCUUUAAGGACAAGAGUUUAUCAGAUGGAAUAUUUUUCCUUGAACUGCUAAGUGCAGUCCAACCCAGAGUGGUGAAUUGGAGUCUUGUUACAAAAGGAGUAACUGAUGAACAGAAAAAGAUGAACGCGUCCUACGUCAUCAGUAUUGCAAGGAAACUUGGGUGCUCCAUAUUUUUACUUCCUGAAGACGUCACUGAGGUGAAUCAAAAGAUGAUUCUUACCUUGACAGCAAGUAUCAUGUAUUGGUAUCUGAAACAACCCGUUGAAGAGAAGCCAUCUGCGACCUCAGAUAGUGAAAACGGAAGUCAAGUAGAUACAAUUUCAAAUUCAACGAUGGAUGACUCUGCUUCGGAGUCAUCGAUAGAAGAAAAUGGGAAUAUAUAAAUAGGUGAUGGCUGCAAUCUAUCUAAACUUCUUCUGUUCCUUUAUAUUUUGUAAUAUUAUAUAUAUCUUUUCUCCGUUCCUGUUAAAUUUGAUUUCGAAUAGGAGGUGGAGUUUGAAAGAAAUUUUUGUUAAAGCAAAUGCACAUGUGAAUAGUGCUCAUUUCUCUCCGUUUGGUCCCUCACUUUUUCUCAAAGAAUCAGCUUUGUAUCAGUUGAGAUUGAUCCCUCCUUCUCUCUUUCUACUUGUUAAUAUUAAAAGCACCCAGUUCAACUUUUCUUGUUA